CUCUAGUGAUGAGGAGUAGUAACAUUGGAUAAAGUAUACAGUUUGUGAAGAAUCAUCCUUGGUGUAAACAGUGUGACUGUUGUUAGUAGAAAACAAGGAAGGAAACAGAGAUCAGUGUGUACUGGAGUGUAGUAAUGCAGGAGUAAGAGAUGCGCCAGGGAGUGCUGAGAGUGUUAAACCAUCCAGGCCCCAGGGGCCUGGCAAUGCUACCACUGUGUUGUGGCAUUACUCAGGCUCCCCCCUGCCAUCUCUGGAAGCGUCUCUUCUCCAGCACCGGGCAUCUGCUGGAAAAAGUUGCUGCACCUGCACCUCCAGUUCGUGGCACUCCAUACAAGCAACUCAAAAUAGGGGUUCCCAAAGAGAUAUGGCAGAAUGAGAAGAGAGUGGCCUUAACUCCAGCCGUGGCUGCUACUCUUGUCAAGAAGGGCUUCACUGUUCAAGUAGAAGAAGGAGCGGGUUCAGAAGCAAAGUUUCGUAAUGAUGAUUAUACACAAGCAGGAGCCAAAAUAGUGGAUAAAACAACUGCAUUUCACUCAGAUUUAGUAUUGAAAGUGCGCCAACCCACUCUCACGGAAGUUCCAAACUUCAGGAAUGGAACAACUCUUGUAUCAUUUAUCUAUCCUGGACAAAAUAAAGAACUUGUUGAUGCAUUGGCUGCCAAGAAGAUGAAUGUUUUUGGAAUGGAUUGUGUUCCUCGGAUAUCGAGAGCUCAAGUGUUUGAUGCUCUUAGCUCUAUGGCAAAUGUCGCAGGUUACAGAGCUGUAAUUGAAGCUGCAAAUAAUUUUGGACGAUUUUUCACAGGUCAGAUAACAGCAGCAGGUAAGGUACCACCUGCUAAGAUCCUCGUGAUAGGAGGUGGUGUAGCAGGCUUGGCAGCCAUUGGACAGGCAAAGAACAUGGGUGCAAUAGUUCGUGCCUUUGACACACGAUCAGCUGUUAAGGAACAAGUGGAGUCUAUGGGAGCUGAAUUUCUGGAAAUUUCCAUUAAGGAAGAAGGCGAAGGUGCUGGUGGCUACAGCAAGGAAAUGUCAAAAGAAUUCAUUGAGGCAGAACAUGCAUUGUUUGCCAGACAGGCACGAGAAGUAGAUGUUAUCAUAACUACAGCACUGAUUCCUGGGAAGAAAGCACCUUUGCUAAUUCUUAAGGAACAUGUAGAAGCCAUGAAACCUGGCAGUGUUAUAGUGGACCUUGCUGCUGAAACUGGUGGCAAUGUUGAAACAACACGUCCAGGGGAAGUUUACACGUAUAAGGAUAUAGUCCAUGUGGGGCUUACUGAUUUACCCAGCAGACUACCUACUCAAAGCUCAACACUUUACGCCAAUAAUGUUUCUAAGUUCCUACUCUCUAUGGGCACAAAGGACAAUUUUGAUAUAAACAUGGAGGAUGAAGUAGUUAGAGGAAGUGCAGUUUUGCAUGAAGGGAAACUCCUUUGGCCACCCCCUCCUCCCCAACAGCCAGCUGCCGCACCAGCUGCCAAAGCCAAAGCUGCUGUUCAGGAAGUUGCCAAGCCAGAGCCAAAUUAUUUUCUCAAUACCUUCAAGGAUGCAGCUAUGUAUACUGGAGGCCUCAGUGGCAUAAUGGGCCUGGGAAUGAUCUCACCUAAUCCAGCAUUUACUACCAUGAUGACAACAUUUGGCCUUGCUGGUAUUGUGGGUUACCACACAGUGUGGGGAGUAACACCUGCUCUUCAUUCACCGCUCAUGUCUGUCACCAAUGCCAUCUCUGGCAUCACAGCUGUGGGAGGUUUGCUGCUUAUGGGCGGUGGGGUUAUGCCGCAGAACACUGUGCAGACUUUGGCAGCAGCUGCAGCAUUUGUUUCCUUCAUUAAUGUUUAUGGUGGCUUCCUGGUAACGAAGAGGAUGCUGGAUAUGUUUAAGAGGCCGAGUGAUCCUCCAGAAUACAAUUACCUCUAUGCCAUCCCCGGGGCAUCAUUCCUUGGCUUGUAUGCUUUGGGUGCUGCGCAAGGUUAUCCAGAGGUUCACCAAAUGGCAUACCUACUUUCAUCACUGUGCUGUGUUGGAGCCUUGGCUGGUCUCAGUUCUCAGGCUACAUCUCGUGUUGGCAAUAACCUUGGAAUUAUUGGUGUAAGUGGAGGUAUUGCAGCAACACUGGGACAAAUGGCACCAAACACAGAAGUGCUCACUCAGAUGGCAGCAGCUAUGGCGGUUGGAGGAGCUAUUGGUACAACAAUUGCUAAGAAGAUUGAGAUUACAGAUUUACCUCAGUUGGUUGCAGCUUUUCACAGCCUUGUGGGUCUGGCAGCUGUGCUUACAUGUUUUGCUACCUACAUUCAUGAUUUCCCAACUUUUGGAAUUGACCCAGCAGCUAAUGUCGUGAAGACUGCAAUAUUUCUUGGCACUUAUAUUGGUGGUGUCACCUUCACAGGGUCGCUAGUGGCUUAUGGCAAACUUCAAGGCUUACUGAAUUCAGCACCACUACUAUUGCCAGGAAGACAUGCUCUGAACUCUGGUCUUCUAGCUGCCAAUCUGGGAGCUAUGGCAAUGUAUUUUGCAGAUCCUUCGAUGAGCACAGGCCUUGCCAUGCUGGGUGCAACCACUGCUCUGUCUUCUACUAUGGGAGUCACGCUUACAGCAGCAAUUGGAGGUGCAGACAUGCCUGUUGUCAUCACUGUUCUCAACAGCUAUUCAGGCUGGGCAUUGUGUGCUGAGGGCUUCAUGCUUAAUAACAAUCUCAUGACAAUCGUAGGUGCUCUUAUCGGCUCCUCAGGUGCAAUUCUUUCAUACAUUAUGUGCAAGGCUAUGAACAGGUCCCUACCAAAUGUAAUUCUUGGAGGAUAUGGUACAUCAUCAACAGGAUCUGGGAAACCAAAAGAAAUUACAGGAACACAUAGCGAGGUUUCAGUGGACGGUACAGUGGACAUGAUCAAAAAUGCGAAAAAUAUAAUUAUUACACCAGGGUAUGGUCUGUGUGUGGCCAAGGCGCAAUAUCCAUUGGCUGAGAUGGUGUCAAUUUUGAAGAAGAAGGGGAAGAAAGUAAGGUUUGGCAUCCAUCCUGUGGCUGGUCGCAUGCCAGGCCAGUUAAAUGUGCUUUUGGCAGAGGCUGGUGUGCCAUAUGACGACGUACUAGAGAUGGAAGAGAUCAAUGAUGAUUUUCCGGAGACUGAUCUUGUACUUGUCAUUGGUGCUAAUGAUACCGUAAACAGUGCAGCUGAAGAUGAUCCAAAUUCUAUAAUAGCUGGUAUGCCUGUCUUGAGAGUGUGGAAAGCUGAUCAGGUUGUUGUCAUGAAGCGAUCACUUGGUGUGGGGUAUGCUGCUGUUGACAACCCCAUUUUCUACAAUCCAAACACAUCAAUGUUGCUUGGAGAUGCAAAGAAGAUGUGUGAUGCUCUUCUUACCAAAUUAAAAGAGGAGUAUGAGAAGAGCUAGGGUACUCCAGAACAAUAAAUCCGGCAGAAGUGAACUGUGGGUAUCAUGUGGUUACAAUAUUGUGCCAAUAAUCUGUACCUGCAUAUUCUUCAUAUUCCAUCCCUUGUAUCUGAGGGUCUUACUAUUUUGUGAUAUUUAAUGAUCGUUCUCCAAGUGAAAAGUAUUUUUGAACAUAUUGACAUUAUGCAAGAACUGCAUUUGGUUGAUAUAGGUACAAAUAAAAUUUGGGUAGAACACUUUACAUGAGGAUGAAUUUUAGGUUCUGUUUUUUUUGUACAUUGUGCAAUCAUAUGUUUGUAUUAAUAUUUGUCACUGUGUAUAAACACAUUGGACCAUGUGAUCAAAGAAUAAGAUACUGGAACACUAUAUAGGAUUGUGAAAAGGAAAGUAGGUUUUUUGUUCGAUAUAAAUCAUUUGCAAAACAGUGAUGUGUGGAAGAAUAUGACACUAUACAAUGUAAAAUAUUGAUUCUUUAUUUAUUGCCUUAAUUUUAUAUAAUGUAGAUCAGAGCAGUAUUUUACAGUGUACUUGUAACAUGUUGUCUGUCCAUGUGUCCACUCUUGUUGCUACAUUGGAAAGGAGGACAAUACUCAUUAUGCAAAGGGAAAAUUAAAAUCUGAAGAUUUCAAGAA